AUGAUGGUUUCUCAUCCGACCUCUCUUCUCACCGGCGUUCUCGCCCUUCUUUCACCCCUCACGGCCCACAGUUUCGUUAUUCCUCCUUCUGAGAAUCUCCAGGCUUUUGUUGGACAAGCCCAGACCUUGAAUCCAAGUCUGGAAUCUGCUUCCAUUGAAAAUGAAGGCUUCAGCCGCCCCUCGUGGUUCACUUCUACUCUGAUGGCUCGCCGCCUUCUCGCUUUGUCUCCCUCUGGCGUCAUCUCGACCACCUUUCCAGACUCGGUUCCUCCCUCUGCACAUGCUCCUUCUGAUGUUGCUGGAAUUUCUAUCGGUCUCCGCGAGUACAUCGCCGACUGUGAUGGCUCCCUUCCUUCCGACCUGUCCCAUGACGACAACGGUGAUCCGACGAUCCUUGGACUUCGCAUUGGAACUACGUUCAAGAAUAUCGCUGCAGGGUCAAAUCUGAGCCUCCAGAUCGACUGGUGGGAUCAUAUCAAUGAAGCUGGUUCAGUUUACCCUGGUUUGCCUCCAAGCUUGGCUGCCCUGCCUCGCGUAACCCUCUUCGGAUACUUGGACAACUUGCCCUCUCCGCUCCCCGAUGACGCAGCUGCCGCACUCGAGCAAUGUUUUCUUGAGCCCCAUCCAGAUGCAAAGGUCUGGUUGCCUGGUGCUUCUUACUCGCCCCAUGCCAGUUUCUGGGCGCGGCUAGUGGUGACCCAUGCAUACUGGAUUGGUGGAUUUGGCGAUGUGCAGCAAAUUGGGUGGAUCAAUCUCACUGAAUGGCAGGGGAUCCGACCACACGGCAGUGUUGCAGGCGUAGGCGAUGGACGAGGAUGGCAGGAUGUCCGUCUUCCUGGGGAGAAACCGUAG